AUGCAAUCUAAGCGAGAUGAUUCGUUCCACAAUGUUGCCCGCCAUCAGGUCACAUUGAGCCCUCAGCCAGUGCUUUGUCGAAUCUCCUCUUCAGAACCCGCAUGUACGGCGCUGCUGGCGAAUCCCAAGGUACGGAGAGUAUACGACUACACUGUCAAAACUCUUUGGCCGUCGUUCAAGCAUCACAGCCUCGAGACCAACGAGUCCUUGACCUCAGCCUUCCUCCAUCUCAGCCUGGUCGACGAGCUGCUGCUCAAUUCAUUCAUAUGGACAGCCGCGAUGGCAAUGUCGAUGCACCUGCCUCAUACCGCCAUUGACAACGAAACGGUCAUGUUCACCUGCCAGAACAAGGCCGUCCAGGGUAUCCGGGAGCACAUCGCGCGGAACGAAGUGUCGGACUCGGUGAUCUUUGGAGUCCUCGCUCUCACGAUCCGCGACACUAACCCACAUGUCGCCGUGCAGGAGGGCGCGGGAGAAGACUGCUUCGGGGGAUUCGAUCCUCCGCUGCGAUCGCUCGGGUGGAUACAAUAUUUCUCCCACUUUCGCUGGACGCCGUCCCACAUCCGAGCGACCAUUGCACUAGUGGCUGCGCGAGGAGGUUUACAAGGCGUCACGAUGCCCGGUAUCGCCGAGCAGAUCCAGUCGACCGACCUUCUCCAGGCAAGCUUGUCGAUCCGCCGCCCAUAUUUCACCCUCUGCCGCCUGUACCAGCAUGUCCUAGACAACCACGUCAAGUUGAUUCGCCCACCGCGGGAGAGACUCGACGAGGCUUUCCCAGCCAUUGCCGAUGCCGAGUUCAAGGAUCUACUCCUCGACAUGAGAAUGUACUGUCGGGAGCUAGAUAGGGUCGUUGCCACCACCACCACCACCGCCGGAUCCAAUCUUUCCGAGGCUGGUGGUGGUCCCGACCCCGACAACCCCGUGCCCGCGUCAGUGGCCUGGGAAACAAACGUCUACCGCAACCUCAUCCAGUACCGACUCCUGCGUCUGCCCCGCUACGAGAACCGCGAGGAGGAACUCUGUCGUCUCGGAGCCAUGAUUUUCAGCUACGGCGUCAUAUACCCGGUUGCCCGACCGAGACCGUUGCGCAUGCUGGUCGCUCAGUUGAGGAAUGCAUUGAAGGACUUUCUACUUCACACUUCUUUGACGCCAAAGAUCAACAUUGAAGCACCAACACCCGCUUCGCACGAUGGAAGUGGCAAAUAUAGCAGAUAUCCCACACAUUACUCUACUACCACCACCACCGCCACCACCGACGGACAGUGUUCUGUUCCUCCUCCCUCUCAUCCUCCAUCGGCAUUCCUCCUAUGGCUCGCCGUCCUAGGCGCUCUCGCGUCCCAGACCACUACGGAUGAACCCUUCUUCCUCGAUCUCGUGGCGUCCUGGUCCACCACGGUAAUGGGUAUCGACAGCCUUCGCCGCCAAUUCACCCAUUUCCGCGACCUCAUGCGGAGUUUUCUCUGGUUCGACCGUGCUUGUGACAAGGGCGCACGCAAAGUGUGGACGAGACUUCGUCCCGCUGGUCGUGGUGAUGGUGAUGACUGCCGUGAAGAACGAGAAUGGGAACGAGAACGGAACCAAGCGACCAACUCGGAAAAAGAGAGUGACAUUGAUUCAUCUGCGUCGAUGUCACGGCAGAAACAUCGACAACCACACGAGUCACAGGGAGAAAGGAACAAGGCUGGCGGGACGUCUGGGUCUGGGUCUGGGUCCGGAUCAUGGCACUUUGGCGAUUUGAUAUGUCCGGAGUAA